CACCGAGUGGCGACCGCCUGACGCGCCCGUGUCGGCAAGCCGCCGACGACUUGACGUGGGGCGGGGGAAACAAAACAACGCGGGCAGCGCUACGGCAAGCGCGUCCCUGCCACGGCGCGGACACAGAGAGUGGAAACCGGAAGGGGGGAAGAGAGAUGGAUUCCUCCACCUCGGCGGCGGCGGCAGGGGAGGCGGCCGUGCCGCCGGAGGACGACGUCUGCUCCGUCUGCCACGACCGCUUCCGGAUCCCGUGUCAGGCGAACUGCUCCCAUUGGUUCUGUGGAGAGUGCAUCAUCCGCGUUUGGAAUUAUGGACCUCCUGUACAGGCUUGCAAGUGUCCCAUUUGUCGCCGCCUUAUAAAUCUACUGGUGCCUGCUGCAUUAUCAGGGCAGGAGGAUGGUCCACAAGCUCAACGUAUUCUAGGAGAGAUUCAGCACUAUAACUGUAUAUUUGGUGGAGCACCACGCAGCCUAACUCAGAGGUUGCAAGACCUACCCUUCUUCAUCCGAAGACUGUUCAGAGAACUAAUGGACCCCCAGCGGACCCUCCCACUCGUGUUCAGGGCGCGGAUGCUGAUGAUGGUCGCACUGAGUGCAAUUUAUGUGCUGAGCCCUGUCGACAUUCUUCCCGAAAGCAUGCUGGGCCUCUUUGGAUUCGUCGAUGACCUGCUCAUCCUGCUGAUCGUGUUCCUCCACCUCGCCGCGGUGUACCGGUCGUUGCUCCUGUACCGCCACGGGGGCCAGUAGAAGUCGCUGUGCAUAAACCGUUUGUUUAGCUGGUUUCCAUGUGGAGUUCUCUGAGAUCGCAGCAGCGGAUUUGGAAGAUCGCCGACUCGCCGAGUAGAUGGCAACGUCACGGACGGCUUAGCCUGUCCCUGCUCUGUACCAUUCUACUACGCCUGUUUUUCUGAGACUCUGACACGGUGAACUGAACUUUGGUUGGUUGAUGCAAGUGAAUUUCCCUUCGUUUUA